AUGGUUGAUCAAGGAAGGGAUAUGCAUCUUGAACGAGUGAUUGUGAUCAAGUAUGGCAGCCACGAAAGAGAAGUGCUACGAAAUUUCCAGAAGGUUUCGAUAAAAUUAGCAAAAACCAGCAAUCGUGUCAAGUUUUUGCUGAACUGUCGGAAAUACAAAGUGAUACCAGUGUGCCUCAACUACAAAGUGCAUGUCAACCUGGAAAAUGAGGAAUCCCAUAGGCAAAUGGAAAAAGUGUUGCUCAAACAAAAAAUCAGAAUAUUGAGCAUUAUGAUAGCAGAUGCGAAGAGAACACUAUCAAGAUCGAAGAAGGUAAAAGCAGAGUUGAGGAACAAAAUGGACCGACUACUACAGAAGGAAGAUUUUGAACAAGUAAGAAAAAUGGUGGAAAAUAAAGCUAUGAAUGUGUACGUGACCACGAGAAAGACUGAAAUGAAGAAAAUUGAGAAACUCAGGAGGAGGAGAGUCGUGAACUUGAGUUACGAACCAAGUUGGGUGGAAAAUACGACCAGUUCACCCAUACCAGACUUUCUCGAACGAACACUGAUGCUAGGCCCCAACUACAACGUACCGAAUCGUGAGAAAUUUCCUUACAUCGAGAUGGUUGCGAACAUCGAUAAAUCAAUCAAGUACAAAGAGAAUGCUGAGGAAAUCCGUGCUGAAGUAGUGACGGCGAUGACCAACUUCAUUAACUUCAACAAACAACCACGCCACCACCAACAGGAAUGGAUUGUUAAGGAUGUUGGAAGAAGCAUAAAAUUUUUAAAAGAAAAUCCAAACCUGUUAAUCACCAAAGCAGACAAGGGUAACAAAACUGUCAUACUAUCGGCAGUGGAAUAUGCGACAAAAAUGGAGGAAAUGCUACAAGACACCAGUACCUACGAGAAAAUCUCCUACGAUCCGACGGCACGGGUGUCUCGUAAAAUAAAAUCCAUCUUGGAUAGCUGGAAGGAAAAUAAAUACAUUGAGCCUAAAACCCACAGAAGGCUAAAUGUAUCAAACUGCAAUCCUCCGCGCAUAUAUGGUCUUCCAAAAAUCCACAAAGAGGGAAGACCAUUACGCCCCGUGGUGUCAACAAUUGGCUCUACCACAUACAGGUUGGCACAGUACAUGUCAAGCAUCCUGGGAAAAAUCGUCGGGAAAACGGAUUCCCAUGUUAUCAACAGCUUCACUUUCGCAACAGAGAUAUCAGGAACGCAGAUCGACGAGGAAGAGAUAAUGUUCUCGCUUGACGUCACAUCUCUAUACACCAACGUACCGGUGGACUACGCAAUAGAGUGUAUAAACCAACGCUGGGAGGAAAUUGAAGACCAUACACCGAUCGACCAACACAGCUUUGUAGCAGCCGUUCAAUUGGUAUUGGAAUCCACGUUCUUCGUGUAUGGAGGUGUCUUCUACAGGCAAACAUUUGGUGUUCCCAUGGGUUCCCCUCUAUCGCCUGUCGUUGCAAAUCUCGUAAUGGAGCGUCUAGAACAGGAGAGCAUACGCGCGCUACAGGAAAGGCAAGUAGUGAUGAAAAUAUAUCGUCGCUACGUGGACGAUUGUUUCUGUAUAGCCAAAACACAACACAUAGACACAAUCAUCGACACGUUUAAUGAGUUUCAUGAAAAACUUAAUUUCACGAUAGAGAAGGAAGAACAACAUAGACUGAAAUUCUUAGACAUGACACUACACAGAACAGACGGGCAAAUCAAGAAAAUGUGGACACCAAAACAGAUGAAUGGAAGGUAUCUGGACUUCAAUUCGGAAAGCCCAUUCCAACAUAAACGGAAUACAGCCAUUGCAUUGAUAGACCGAGCAAUCAAAUUAACAGACGCAACAGACAGGCACAACACCAUCAUAACAGUACGGCAAAUUCUUAAGAAGAACCACUAUCCACAAUGGUUCAUCGAAAAGAUGCUCAAACAACGAAUCCAUCAGCACUACAACACUCUACAGACAAACAAAGACAAAAAGGAGGAAAACAAAUUUGUGUCAACACCAUACAUACCCUGCUUAAGUGAAAAAUUAUGCAAAAUUCUAAAAAAGCAUAACAUUACACUAGCAUACCAAACACGAAACAAAACCAAAAACACUAUAUUCAGCAAACUAAAAGAUCCAAUCCCCAAAAACAAAACCAAAAAUGUUGUGUAUGCGAUACCAUGCGGCGCUGGUGAUAAAAAAGUGUAUGUGGGACAAACAGGCCGCAUGUUGGAAACGAGAAUCAACGAACAUAGAACCAGCAUAAGAAAGAAGGAGUCGAGGACGGGUCUUGCGCAACAUCAUUUGACAGACGGACACAAUUUUGAUUUCAACAACACAACUAUAUUGGAACAAAUCGAAAACCAGGAGAGCAGGUUAAUCGCGGAGGCUUUCCACAUAAAGUUGAUGGGCAAUGACGAGACGGUAAAUCUGCAACGAGAAUGCGGUGGUAUAGACUCGGCCUACAACGCACUAGUGUGCAAAAUACGAUCGUUGAACAGGCGAACGUCCACUCGGCAGCGACGAUGA